CAGAUGGAGAUGAAGUAGCAGCAGCAGCAGCAGCAGUCGACCAACAGAGCAACAACAGCGUCUGUACCGCGGACCCGGAGCUUUUCUUCAGGGGACAGACAGGUGACAGAGCAGACAGACCGACACUCAGCCGCCUCAGCGUGCAGCGGAGAAAAUUACUGCUGUUCGUUUCACCCCCACCCCCCGCACACCCGCCUAUUGCAACAAUAGAUGUCACUCAACUACAUGCAUUUCGUUCUGAUCAUCUAAGCCCAGUCCGCCAAGAUGGAAAAUGCACACACUAAAUCGGCGACUGAAGUUUUAGACAACUUCAGUGUGAACGAAAACACUGGGCUGACUCUGGAGCAAGUCAAAGUCAAUGUGGACAGAUAUGGACCAAACGAGCUCCCAGCUGAAGAAGGCAAGUCCCUGUGGGAGCUGAUGAUGGAGCAGUUUGAAGACCUCAUGGUCAGGAUCCUGCUGCUCGCUGCCUGCGUCUCCUUUGUGUUGGCUCUGUUUGAGGAGGGAGAGGAGACAACCACCGCUUUUGUUGAGCCUGUCGUUAUUCUUCUUAUCCUCAUCGCCAACGCUGUUAUCGGGGUCUGGCAGGAGCGCAAUGCUGAGAAUGCCAUUGAGGCUCUGAAAGAGUAUGAGCCAGAGAUGGGGAAGGUGUACCGCAUAAACCGCAAGGCUGUCCAGAGGAUCAAAGCCAGAGACAUCGUCCCGGGAGACAUCGUGGAGGUGGCAGUUGGUGACAAGGUGCCUGCCGACAUCAGAGUGACAUCUAUAAAGUCCACCACCCUGCGAGUGGACCAGUCCAUCCUCACAGGGGAGUCUGUGUCCAUCAUCAAACACACUGACCCUGUCCCUGACCCCAGAGCCGUCAACCAAGACAAAAAAAACAUGCUGUUUUCUGGCACAAACAUUGCAGCAGGCCGUGCCAUAGGUGUGGUCAUUGCUACCGGCGUUUCCACAGAGAUCGGUAAGAUCCGUAAUCAGAUGGCGGCUACAGAACACGAGAAGACGCCUCUGCAGCAGAAGCUGGACGAGUUCGGGCAGCAGCUGUCAAAGGUCAUCUCUCUCAUCUGUGUGGCCGUGUGGGUCAUCAACAUUGGCCACUUCGGGGACCCCGUCCACGGUGGCUCUUGGGUCAGAGGGGCUAUCUAUUACUUUAAGAUCGCUGUGGCCCUGGCUGUUGCCGCCAUUCCAGAGGGCUUGCCUGCUGUCAUCACCACCUGCCUGGCCCUCGGCACGCGUCGCAUGGCCAAGAAGAACGCCAUCGUCCGCAGCCUGCCCUCAGUAGAGACGCUGGGCUGUACCUCUGUUAUCUGCUCUGACAAGACGGGCACCCUCACCACCAACCAGAUGUCCGUCUGCAGGAUGUUCGUUGCAGACAAGGUGGAAGAUUCUAGCUGCAAGCUUCAUGAGUUCUCUAUAACUGGUUCUACAUAUGCCCCCGAGGGACAAAUACUGAAAGGAGACAAGCCCGUCCAGUGUGGAGACUUUGAUGGACUUUUGGAGUUGGCCACUGUGUGCUCUAUGUGCAAUGACUCUUCACUGGACUACAAUGAGGCCAAAGGGGUUUACGAGAAGGUGGGUGAAGCCACAGAGACGGCUCUCACUACCUUGGUGGAGAAGAUGAACGUCUUCAAGACUGACCUGUCCGGAGUCAGCAAGGUGGAACGUGCCGGUGCAUGUAACUCGGUGAUCAAGCAGUUGAUGAAGAAGGAGUUCACCCUGGAGUUCUCUCGUGACCGCAAGUCCAUGUCCGUCUAUUGCACCCCCAUCAAGCCGGGCUCCCAGAGCAAGAUGUUCAUCAAGGGUGCUCCAGAGAGUGUGAUUGAGCGUUGUCAGUACCUGCGGGUGGGAACAGGGAAGGUGACUCUGACGCCAGCCCUGCGCGACCAGCUGCUGUCAAAGAUUAGGGACUGGGGGACAGGCAGGGACACCCUGCGCUGCCUGGCCCUGGCCACUCAUGACGUCCCGCCACGCAAGGAGGACAUGGAUUUGGAGAAUGCAAGCAAAUUUAUAAACUAUGAGUUGGGUCUCACAUUUGUUGGCUGUGUGGGCAUGCUCGACCCGCCCAGGAAGGAGGUGAUGGGCUCAUUGAAGCUGUGCAACGAGGCAGGCAUACGUGUUAUCAUGAUCACGGGAGACAACAAGGGCACAGCUGUGGCCAUCUGCAGGCGAAUUGGCAUCUUCAGCGAGGAUGAGGAUGUGACAGGAAAGGCCUACACGGGCCGCGAGUUCGAUGAUCUCCCGCUGGAGGCCCAGAGAGAAGCCGUCAAAGAGGCGCGAUGCUUCGCCCGCGUCGAGCCGGCUCACAAGUCUAAGAUCGUGGGAUUCUUGCAAUCAUUCAAUGAGAUUACUGCCAUGACGGGAGAUGGUGUGAACGACGCCCCGGCUCUGAAGAAAGCAGAGAUCGGCAUUGCCAUGGGCUCUGGCACAGCAGUGGCCAAGUCAGCAUCUGAGAUGGUGCUGUCUGAUGAUAACUUCUCCACCAUCGUGGCUGCCGUGGAGGAGGGCAGAGCCAUCUACAACAACAUGAAGCAGUUUAUCAGAUACCUCAUCUCCUCUAACGUGGGAGAAGUGGUCUGCAUCUUCCUGACAGCCAUCCUGGGUCUCCCUGAGGCUUUGAUUCCAGUUCAGCUGCUGUGGGUGAAUCUGGUGACGGAUGGCCUGCCUGCCACUGCCCUGGGCUUCAACCCCCCAGACCUGGACAUCAUGGAUAAACCUCCCCGCAAUCCCAAGGAGCCUCUUAUCUCUGGCUGGCUCUUUUUCAGAUAUCUGGCCAUUGGAGGAUAUGUGGGUCUUGGAACAGUGAGUGCUGCCACAUGGUGGUACCUGUUUGAUGAAGAAGGCCCACAAGUGUCUUUCUAUCAGCUGAGACACUUUAUGCAGUGUACCGAGGAGAACCCCAUGUUCCAGGGCAUAGACUGUGAUGUGUUUGAAUCCCGCUACCCCACAACCAUGGCGCUGUCUGUGCUGGUCACUAUCGAAAUGUUCAACUCCCUCAACAGUUUGUCUGAGAACCAGUCCCUGGUCAGGAUGCCUCCCUGGGUCAAUGUUUGGCUACUGGGAGCCAUCAUCCUCUCCCUCUCACUCCACUUCUUAAUCCUCUACGUUGAGCCUCUGCCGUUGAUCUUCCAGGUGACCCCUCUGCGCUGGUCCCAGUGGAUUGUGGUCCUGAAGAUUUCCAUCCCAGUCAUCCUCCUGGAUGAGGCGCUGAAAUAUAUCGCCAGGAACCAUCUAGAAGGUGAUGAGGAGAAGAAAUAUCGGAAGAGAUGGCAGCAGAAAUAAGUCCUCGCUCUUAACACACUCACACACUUAGAAACACACCUCCCCUCUUCCCUUUACGAGCUGGAAACCCAUUCUCUCCCCUGUCCUCGUUCCCCACUCCUGCAUGUCCAAUAAACCACCACUAGAAAUGA